UGGGCUCUGAGCUCCCACCAAGGAGCCAGAGGUCAGGAGCCACCAAACAAGCUGGGUGCAGUCAGCAAGCCCAGCCAGGGAGGAGGAGAGAGCAGAGCCUUGCCUGCCAGUCUGGCAGCUCCCCCUAAGCGCUCAGAGCUCAGAGCCCAUCCCACACACCCGUGCUAGUCACUGCUGUGUUUACAUGAGUAAUGGAGCUGCCGGGGGAGGGGAGCUGCGAGCAGCGCUGAGUGAGCCUCCUCGCUAGGAAGCCGAUAUCCACAGCAAGUCCAGACUUCCAGGGAUGAGGCUGGGGAGCGGUCCCCUGCCGGAGCUUUCCUAAGCACAGGCAUCGAUCAGGCAGAUGUGUGGCGACUGGAAUGGCGCCAAAUCUUAAAGGCAGACCACGCAAAAAGAAAACAUGUCCCCAGAGACGAGAUUCCUUCAGCGGCUCGAAGGACUCCAACAAUAACUGUGAUGGUAAAGCGAUCAACAAGGUGAAAGGCGAGGCCAGGUCAGCCUUGACCAAGCCGAAGAAUAACCAUAGCAACUGUAAAAAAGCCUCCAAUGAAGAAAAGCCAAAGCUGUCCAUUGGCGAAGAAUGUAGGGCAGAUGAACAGGCCUUCUUAGUGGCACUUUAUAAAUACAUGAAAGAAAGAAAAACACCCAUAGAGCGAAUUCCCUACUUGGGUUUCAAACAGAUUAACCUUUGGACUAUGUUUCAAGCUGCUCAAAAACUGGGAGGAUAUGAAACAAUAACAGCCCGCCGUCAAUGGAAACAUAUUUAUGACGAGUUAGGUGGUAAUCCGGGGAGCACCAGUGCGGCCACCUGUACUCGAAGACACUACGAAAGGUUAAUCCUACCAUAUGAAAGGUUUAUCAAGGGAGAAGAAGAUAAGCCUUUGCCUCCAAUCAAACCUCGGAAACAGGAAAACAAUUCACAGGAAAAUGAGAAUAAAACAAAAGUAUCGGGAGCCAAACGCAUAAAACAUGAACUGCCCAAAAAUAAGAAAGAAAAAGAGAAUACACCAAAGCCCCAGGAUACAUCUGAGGUCUCUUCUGAUCAAGGGAAGGAAGAGGAGACAUUAAACCAGAAAAGCGUCACAGAGCCUCUCCCUGCUCCAGAAGUAAAGAAGAAAAUGGAAGGAUACAAGGACCUUCCUGUGAGGGCCCCGGUGUCCAGAGCAGACCCAGAAAAGGGCAGUGAAACUGACCAAGGUUCUAACAGUGACAAGGAGGCUGAGGAGGUGGUAGACAAGGGUCUGGCCCCUUUGCUCCCAAGCCCUCCCCUGCCUCCUGAAAGAGAUUCGGCUUCUACCCCUGGGGCUGGCAAACAGCCCCUUGUCUCUCCCAGUGCCCAGAUGGACUCAAAACAAGAAGCCAAACCCUGCUGCUUUACAGAGAGCCCUGAAAAUGACCUCCAAGAAGCACCCUUCUCCAGCUUCCCUGCCACCCAGACACCACUGGCAAGCCAGAACGAGGCAGAGGAAGACAAGCUUCCGGCCAUGGCUAAUUACAUUGCCAACUGCACUGUGAAAGUGGACCAGCUGGGCAGUGACGACAUCCACACAGCCCUCAAACAGACCCCGAAGGUCCUUGUGGUCCAAUCAUUUGACAUGUUUAAAGACAAAGACUUGACCGGGCCCAUGAACGAGAACCACGGACUUAAUUACACACCCCUGCUUUACUCCCGGGGCAACCCUGGUAUCAUGUCCCCGCUGGCCAAGAAAAAACUUUUGUCUCAGGUGAGUGGGGCCAGCCUCUCCAGCAGCUACCCCUACGGCUCCCCACCGCCUUUGAUCAGCAAAAAGAAACUGAUCGCCAGGGACGAGCUGUGCUCGGGUUUGUCCCAGGCCCAUCACAGCCAAAGCUCUGACCACAUGGCCGUCAGCCGGCCAUCCGUCAUCCAACACGUCCAGAGUUUCAAAAACAAGGCCUCCGAGGAGAGAAAGAGCAUCAAUGAUAUCUUCAAACACGACAAACUGAGUCGCUCUGAUGCUCACCGCUGCGGUUUCUCCAAGCACCAGCUCAGCCCUCUGGCCGACUCCUACAUCUUAAAACAAGAGGCACCGGAGGGCAAGGACAAACUGUUAGAGAAAAGAGCUGUCUCCCACGCCCACGUGCCCAGUUUCCUGGCCGACUUCUACUCAUCCCCGCAUCUCCAUAGCCUCUACCGCCACACAGAACACCAUCUUCACAAUGAGCAGUCGUCCAAGUAUGCCUCUAGGGACAUGUACCAGGAGUCUGAAAACAGCGCUUUUCUUUCUCACAAGCACCCAGACAAGGUCCACGUCAAUUAUCUCGCCUCUAUUCAUCUGCAAGAUAAGAAGUCGGCUGAGGCGGAACCCUCUAGAGAUGAUCAGCCAACAGACCUGAGCCUUCCCAAGAACCCACAGAAACUAACCAGCAAAGUCCUGGGCCUGGCCCACCCAGCCUCAGGUUCCCAGGAGAUCAAAGGCGCCUCCCAGUUCCAGGUCAUCAGCAACCAGAGUCGAGACUGUCACCCCAAAGCCUGCCGGGUAUCGCCCAUGACCAUGACGGCUCCUAAAAAAUACCCCGAGUCGCUUGCAAGGUCUGGAAAACCUCACCAUGUGAGACUGGAGAACUUCAGAAAAAUGGAAGGCAUGGUCCAUCCCAUCCUACACAGGAAGAUGAGCCCUCAGAACAUUGGAGCUGCUCGCCCCAUAAAGCGCAGCCUGGAGGACUUAGAUCUUGUGAUUGCCGGCAAAAAAGCCAGGGCUGUGUCUCCCUUGGACCCAGCCAAGGAGGCUUCUGGGAAAGAAAAGGCCUCUGAACAGGAGAGCGAGGGCAGCAAAGGAGCCUACGGAGGGCAUUCUGGGGCUGCGUCGGAAGGCCACAAGCUUCCUGUCUCCUCGCCUAUCUUCCCAGGUUUGUAUUCUGGUAGCCUGUGUAACUCAGGCCUCAACUCCAGGCUCCCGGCCGGCUACUCCCAUUCUCUACAGUACUUGAAGAACCAGACGGUGCUUUCUCCUCUCAUGCAGCCUCUGGCUUUCCACUCGCUUGUGAUGCAACGAGGAAUUUUUACAUCGCCGACUAAUUCUCAGCAGCUCUACAGACACUUGGCCGCAGCGACGCCGGUAGGAAGCUCCUACGGGGACCUGUUGCACAAUAGCAUCUACCCUUUAGCUGCUAUCAAUCCUCAGGCUGCCUUCCCACCGUCUCAGCUGUCAUCUGUACACCCCAGCACAAAACUGUAAGCCCCGCUGUGCCCAGCAUCCUCAAACGGCGGCGGGGUCAAAGCACCAACCCUGGAAGGCUGGCUUACAGAGUUGGAAGUCAGUAUUCCUUCUAAUCUGGUGGUACAGUUCGUCCCAGCCAUAGAGGCCUAAAGGCCAGCUGAACAUGACUACCUUUUUGGGGACAACCCUAGCCUGGCUGGCCAGUUGUGACCUCCCUUCCAACACAGAUGGCCUAGGGCCUCCAGGUCAUUUCCUUUUCAUGUUGGUCUUUGUGAAGGGUAUCUGUGUCUAUCCCAGAAGAACUCAGAGGAACCCUCUGAGGUUGGAUGGUAGAAAAGACAUCUGGGCAAAAAAGUGGGGGAGGGGGGCAGGAUUUUCAAAGGAUAGGGUAAGAAAGACUGGCAAGUGAUAGCCAUGGGACGCCCCUCUUUUUCAUAAGACUCACCAAGUUCAAUCAAUGCAAUGUAUAGUAAAACUUAAAGAGACCUUUCAUUCUUGACACUAUUGAACAAUCCAGAGAAGUAAACACUGUUAAACUGUAUAUAUUCGCUUCUUAAAGCUACCCGGAUCACUGUUUGCUCAACCUAAUUUAUAUACAGAUAGUUCUGUUUUCUCUUGGUUCUUUCUUGUUCCUGCCCUGGGGUAUUUUUUUUUUUUUUGGUUUGUUUAUCUGUCUGUUUGUUUUUUAAUUAAACAAUAUCCCUUCUAUUUGCAGGUCUUCUGUUUUUGUUUUGAUUUUUUGUUUUGUUCUGUUUGCAAGGCUGACUGAUUCUCCUAGUUGUUGACGUGUAUUUUAUCAACCUCCCCCCCACCUUCUUUUGAGCAGCUUUGGGUGGUCAAGUUAUUGUUUACAAAUUGAAGCAACUGAUUUUAGUGGAACAGACUGAAAAGAACCCGUGGAGAUCACGAGCUAGCAGAAAGCCUGUGCCUUUGCGGGUCUGCGCCUGGAGGAUUCCGUUCCUCAUAAGUGGCAUAGUUGAGAGACCUUAGACACUGCCUCUCCAGCCAAAUGCUUUGCUUUGAAGUAUUGGAUUAUGUGAAAAUAUUAGGCAUUGUACUCACCUUAUCUAGGCUGUGAACCCGUCCUACAUACCAGAGAAAUCGUAAAACAAAAACCUUGUUGGCAAAAAGCCACUGCAUCACACAGUCCAGAGGACACGCUCGUGGGCUGUGCAGACGUCUUAGGAAUUUCAGAACUUAAGACAAGUGCCAGGGUGACUCAUGCUGGUGUUGGAACUGCACCUUUUUCAGUGGUCUGGAGAAGGGAAAGGAUGGUGUGUGACUGUCCAGCAGAGGGGGAGCUACUCAAGGUCUGACCACGGGGCAUCCCAGCCAGGCCUUGGCCCAUUGAGUGGGAGAGUUUAUUGUCAACAUCAGCUGGCUUCUAGAGUUUCCUAGCAAGAUACCAGGUGGCACCUUGGAGGAGUAAUUGCAUGUUCUGUUUCAAGAGAAAGCCAUCCUCCUUGGCUUCCCAAGGGGUGGGUUUGAUGAGGAUGUGUACACGUAAAGUGGUUUGUAUCAAGUUUUUCAUCCCAUGGCCAUGCUAUCUAUCCACUUUGGGAGUUUUUUUGACUGUCACUCUUGACACUUGAUUCCAUUUGCUUCCGGGGCACCACAUCUGCUAAGUGUAGCAAGUGGAUCCGUAGAGUGGAUUCUCUUUCCUGUCUCCACCCAACCCUGCCACAAGCUGCUUUGAGAAGUUCCCAGCCCAUUGCCCUCCUCUCCCCUGACACUACCAGUAGACUCUAGGACCAUAGUUAACCAAGUCUUUUGAUUUUUUUACCUCUGACAUAUUUAAGUCUAUGAAACUUGAUGACAGUUUUCAACAUCUCUGAAUAGGUAACUCAACUACAAAAAUAAUCAAAACCAGUGACCGUGAAACGGCGGUCCUUAUGCAAAGCCAUGCAUGCCACUCAUUUGUAUUGAAAUGUCCUCAUGAUAUGAAGCCAAAUAGUCCAUGUAGUAACAUGCUAUCCAAAGGUGGAAACAAAAGAAUGUAGCAACCCAGUGUUAAGAGUUCCAUUCGCUUCAAUUAAUUAUUUACCUUCCUGUGGAAUAAUAUAUAUAUAUUAUAUUUAAUAGGACCAUAGAUAGACUAGUAUAACUUAGAUCAUAAAUGUGUACAUGCAGAUUAUUCUGCUGUUACACAAGAAAGGGUGUGUGUGUGUGUGUGUGUGUGGCGGGGGCGAGUCUCAAUUCCAGUCAGCAUGAUGCUGGCCAGGACACAGUAUGAGAAAGUUGCACUAGAUUGAAUGAUCACAGAAUCAGAAGAAGAGAAAGGGGAUUCUGCAGCAGGCAUGGGUUGGAUCCAUACGUGGUCCCUGUGAGUUUGUUUCUUGAAGAAAAUGGGGAUGUCUGUGCCCCCCCCCCCCCGCCCCAUCCCACUAGCUCACUCAUUUGCAAGAUGGGGCGAUUGUUUUCCUCAGUGUGGUGAGUUGAGAUGUGUUCAUCGUGUAGGAGUUCGAUCACACCAUUUUCAAACAAUGUCAACAUAGUCCAGCUAUUGUUUUUCUCAUCUCUUCGGAGAGGAGACUCACUAUAUCUGUUGAAGGAAGCUCAGACCCUCAGCAAAACAUCAGGGCAAAUGCAAAGAACAGAAGCGGCGUGUUAUUUAUUUUAAAACUCCAAACAGAGAACUUGGGAAUCUUUCAAAAAGACCAUUGAAUUUUUCAUUGGCUGAGAAGGAUGUUUUAAAAAGUCUUAAAUCAGGCUUUGUUUGCAUUGUUUGAGUUCAAGGGGCCUUAUUAUUGAAUGGCAUCGCACAAGCCUUUCUUUGUGCAGUCAAACCAUUGUUAUUGGUAGUUCUGUAAAGGAAACUGUGGAAUUCAAUUGGCACCGGAGUCAUAAAUCCAUUUACCAAGUGAGGCUUCUGAGAAAUGUUGCAACUCAAAAUGCACUAAGCCCUUGAAUUAUUGGAGACUUGGAUAUUCUAAAUGAUACUUAAAAAUAUAACCUCUCCAUGCAACUUCUGGCCCAACUCUUGGUAAAUUUGACUUAAAAAUAAAAUUUAAAGUAAAAAUAAGCUACCAGGAUGGCCCAACUAAGCUUUAGGUUUAAAGUAUUUUUCCUAGUAAGUGAUUCAAAUGUGUAGUAAUUGCCACAGGACUGAUUUAUUUCCUAGCUAGAAGCUCUGGAUUUCACUUGUUCAUCAGGGCAUAUGUUGAAGGGUUUGUCAAGACUCUGUGUUGAUGUCACAGCUUUGCGACCUGGUGCAUGAAUCCUCAAGUACUGUAUUUCACUGUGUUGGUGUGUCUGAUGGAAAUGUCAAGGUGGUCCCACAAAUAUAUUUUAUGUAGUGUGCCUUCAAAGAGAACCAUUAUUUCUCUUCACUUCUUGUCCCACUAAGUCACAUUUGGUGGUGGUCAGCCAAGUCCCAUGUGGUCUAGUUUGACUCAUUGUCCCGAGCUGAGAGAGUAACGGGAACGAUUUUGCCCCGGUGAGACCCACACCCCUGGAGAAGUGACUCUGAGCACCUCGCCUCCAGUGUUGGCUGUUGAUGUAUUUGAUAUUCUGCUUGUCUCCCCAUGGCGGAAAGACCUCUGGAAAAAAAAAAAGCAGCAUAAUCUCUUGGCUGUUUAUACUUUUUUAAACUUCCCUGUGUUGUAAAUAUUGUACACUUUGAGUGACUCCAGCUAUGUAACCUCUAUGCUCUGUAAGGUGAUCAUUUGUAUAUAACAACCUGGCCCAGUGAUGUUAUAUAAUUUCCCAAUGGAGAGGUUAUUGAGUAACCUUUGCGUUAGCUUAAACACUACCAGAAGAAUGCUGAGCCAACUAUAAACACUCAAUUUUGUAUGUUUUCCAAAUUGUACUUAUUACUGCUUUUGAUACUGUAUUCCGUGCCAAUAGUUUCCCAAUCACAUAGCAGGCAAGAGAUAUUUUGUACUUUUUGAUCCACUGUAAUAUUUAAUAAAAAAUGUUACUAUCUGUUUC